AUGGCUGCUGGCCGAGCAUUGUCUUUAUGCGUUGCUUCAGCUGUUUUAUUGUUUACAUCCGUUGUUUCGACUCUGCUGCGAGUCUAUGUGCGCAAACAAAUCGUACGGGCAUUUGGAACAGAUGACUGGCUUAUUAUUGUCGCCUUGUGUGUUUUUAUGGGUCAUAUGGGGUGCUCAAUUGGAAGCACGAUAUUCGGCGUAGGAAAACACCGUACAGACAUCAGCGAUGACGACGCCGAGAUAGCGUAUCUGUUGUGGUGGCUCUGCUACCUCCUGUACGGGACUGUACUCACGAUUGCACGAAUAUCCGUUGGCUUCUUCUUCCUACGUAUCACCGUUGUUCGAUGGCAACGAUACCUCGUUUUCUUUACGGUCACUUCAAACAUGGUGUCAGGCACGGCCUUUAUCUGUGUGGUAGCGUUUCAGUGUACCCCUGUAUCGUACUACUGGAAAAAGGUCUAUCCAGGGUCUGAAGGACACUGCAUCCCAAAUCAAAUCAUGAUCGAUCUGGGAUAUCUCUAUGGUGCAGCAUGUGCAGCAUGCGAUAUGAUUUUCGUGGCUUUACCUGCCGUAUUGGUCUGGAACUUAGACAUGACCAGACUAAAGAAAUUUGGCCUUGUUCCAAUACUAGGCAUGGCCGGAUUUGCUGGAUGUUGUCCUCUCGUCCGCAUGUUCUACCUUCACCAUUUGGGAUCACCAGACUUUCUUUACUCUACUGUUGACAUUGCCACCUGGUCCGUUCUUGAAGUCGGUCUUGCUAUUACAGCUUCUUCUCUCGCAACCCUCCGCCCCUUACUCCGCGCCUGGAGGGGCCCAAUCAGCCACUACGCCGAAGGCUCACGUCGCCUAUACAGCUCGAAAUCACACACUACUGUCCCUGUCGAAUUUGAUCGCCGAAUAGAGCUCACCCCGAAGAGACUACGCAGCAUUGAAAUCGGCCGUGCUGUCACGACCAGCACGCCGUCCGAAGAGCUUCCCUUGCAUGCCAUGAGCCCGGUAACAUUAGUUGAUCCCGAGCAAGGUUUCGAUCACUGGAAAUGCGACUCAGUCAGCGACUCGCCGAAGCGCACCGCCAGUCAAGGUACAAGCACGAAGACCGCUGAUAUAGAUACUAUCGAACAGACACGAAACCAGACAUCCCUUGAAGUGCAGCGCAAGAUCGCAGAGAUUGAAGCGCGGAAGACACGUGCGAUAGAGCGCAUGACGCGCAAGGAGAGCUGGUAA